AUGGUGUUCAAGCCCUUCACUCACCUCGCGCGUCAGAGUUUCACCAAAGCCUUCACUCAUGGCUAUGCUCAAUCCGUAGUCGCGGCGUCACAGUCGUCGUACGCCUCAUCGACAACCCUCAAUCAACUCGCCAAUCAUCCCGCCAAAUUCACCCGGACAAGUCAAUUGCAGAAUGUUUUCCAGCCCUCAAGCUCGUCAGGUGCCGGUGCAAAGGCCAGUCAGGGUGGUUCAGGAUCCGGAGACGUCGGUUUAGCGGCGUACUAUGCAGCCUGGCAGCAAGCCCAACAGACGGGCGAUGAUACCGAUUGGAAACAGUUCCAGUUCAAGAGACGCAUUGGCUGGAAGCCGACCGGAGAUGAGGAGACUGGAAAAUUAAAGUCGGCGGAUAGAGAUACUGACCUGCACCCGAGUCUUCACGAUUCGACGCGCGUCACCAAGGCGUCGGCCAACGCAGAUGUAAGCGCUCAAGUCGAUGAGGCGGUGGCACGGGAAAUCCAGAUCCAGGAGGAGAAGGCCCAGGCAGAAGAGGCAUCCGCUGUGAAGGAAAGCGAGGAGACAGAGGCGUUUCCCGAUCUCCCGCCCGAGGUCGCUGCUGUUUCCGAUGCCACCGCAGAACAGUCCCGGAUCGUUUCCGAUCGGAUUGUUCAGCUCGCCUCCGGUGAAAAUUACGCUGAGAUCCCCGCCGCUUUCGAGUCGUUGCUUCGAGAUGGCCUCACUCCGACCGUCGGGGCCUACAACGCCUUGCUGGCUUCCGCCGUCCACCUGCACACCGAUGUCUCGCAUGCGAUCCCCAAAGCCCUGGAUGUCUACUCGGACAUGCUUCGUCGUAGGGUAAUUCCCGACGAGGAAACCUAUCGCACCCUGGUGGAGCUUUUCGUCACUCGGUCUCACGAGACAAUCAAGGCCAAGGACGCGUUGGAGCAGGAGCGGAUUCGGUAUGGAGGCAUGGAAGAGCCCGGCAAGUUCAUGCUGCACUCCAGUCAGUUGGAGCGUGACAUCCUGGCCGAGGACCACUCCCUUGCCAUCGCCGUCAAACUUUUCAACACCGCCACAUCGCGUCACCCGCACCUGGUCUUCUCCCUGGACAUGUAUCGCUAUCUCAUUACCGCAUGUGCCAAGGAAGGCCUGGUCGAGCACAUGAUCCGCAUUUACGCUCAUAUGGAGUCGCACAAGGUGACGCCUCACGCUUCCAUCUUUCCCGCGAUGAUUGAUGCCUUUGCAUCCACGGGAGAUCUGACCAGUGCGGUGGAGUGUUACAACGAAUACAAAGCUCUUGCCAUUUCCGACGACAAUGGCACCUUUAGCAUCGUCCAACGUCUGGAUGGUCAGGUGUACGCGGCCCUGGUCAGGGCUUAUCUUUCGGCCGGUAAAGCCGCAAACGCGAUGCGCUUCCUGGAGCGAAUUCGCGCUUCAUUUGAUGAGGUGAUCGAAAACCGUGAAACUCGUCAGGAAGCAUUGGAAUCUGUGAUUGUCCAGGACGGUCUGGUGCAAUACUCCCUAAAGUCAGGGGCGCAUGCCAAGGCAUUUGAGCAAGCCAAGGACCAGUUGCGUGGUGGUGCUCUGGAUCAGGCCAUGGCCCGGAUCUGCGUUAGCGCAGCGGAUGCCGGUGAUCUGAAGACCGCCUCUGAAGCCUAUGAGUCGCUGCCCACCGACAUGACGGUACGUCAGGGCCCCGCUGUUGCGAUGCUGGCAUUGCAUGUGCGGCAAGGCCAUAUAUCGGCGGCGCGACCCCUGUGGCUGAUGCUUAGCACCUCGGGUCAGGCAACGCCGGAUAUGGUCCAACCGACCGCCAUGUACACCGUCGCCCUCAUCAAGAGUGGCCAGAUCGACGAAGCCCUUCUCGAAGCCCGCAAUAUGUUCGCCCGGAUCCGCAAUUCCUCUACCAACAACACUACCUCCCUGGACUCUAUCCGUGAACAGACUACCGAAAGCUUUCACCUCAUCGGCCGUGUCCUCAUGCAGACUGCGGCUGUCCUCUCCCCCCAGGCGGCCAUGAACCUCAUCUGGUCGAUGACCGAAAAUGGGGGUGCCGUCUCCCCUCUUGCGGAGCACGCUGUUGCCAGCCUGGGACCCAUGGCCAUUUCUCAGCUCCAGCCCCAGGACCUGACGCUGGCUCUUCAGGUCCAAGCCGGUAUGCUCCUCAGCACCAGCUCGAUGGCCUUUGAUGUUGCCCACCCUAUUCGCUUCGCCCACAUGCUCGACAUCGCCCUCGCCAACCGACUUCCCAUGGAUCCCCAUACGACUGCUCUGGUCGACCAGGCCGUCGCAAAGCUGUUCAACAGCCGUCCGGACAUGGUCAAGAGAUGGCAUGACCAUCUGAGUGUGACCUCUUCCCCCCCAUCCUUCCUGUCCGAUCGCCAUUCUCCUGUAUCUGAGGUAUCCACCAUGACCCCAUUGUCCAGCGACGAUGCCUUCGAUCCAUACGCAUACGCCACCGACUUCCGGGGUUCCUCCAUGAUCGCCGAAGAUCUGGAGAACCCCAGCGGUCGCCCGGAAUCGCACCUCAACGAGGCGCUGACCCGUCUUCGGAACAUGCGUCGCAUUGGCCGUCAUCCUCGCUACAUCACCUAUGCCAAGCUCAUCAACGCCGCCACCAAGGUCAAUCGCUCCGAUCUCGUUGAGGAAAUUCUGAGCACGGCCCGCCGUGACGUCCCUCUGCUGCCCCAAUAUCAUGCUGUCAAGUAUGGUUGGAUCUCUAUCCUCGAUGCCAUGGUUGCCUCGUGUUUGACCCUGGGAAACCGCAGCCUCGCUGCCAAGUAUCACAACGAGCUCUUGGAGCUGGGUUCGGCGCCCUCGGCCAACACCUUCGGUCUCUACAUCACCACGCUCAAGGAAUCCACCAAGACAUUUGACGAAGCCACCGAGGCUCUGAAGAUCUUCCACCGCGCUGUCGCGGAGGGUGUGGAGCCCACUUCGUUCCUUUACAAUGCACUCAUUGGAAAGCUCGGCAAGGCUCGUCGUAUCGACGACUGCCUUCAGUACUUUGCCGAGAUGCGUGCCAACGGUGUCCGACCGACCAGUGUCACCUACGGAACCGUCGUCAAUGCACUCUGCCGAGUAAGCGAUGAACGAUUCGCCGAGGAGAUGUUCGAGGAGAUGGAGUCGAUGCCCAACUACAAACCUCGCCCGGCCCCUUACAAUUCCAUGAUCCAGUAUUUCCUGAACACCAAGCGCGACCGCAGCAAGGUGCUCGCGUACUACCAGCGCAUGCUGAGCCGCAACAUCAAGCCGACCAUGCACACCUACAAGCUGCUCAUCGACGCUCAUGCUUCGCUGGAGCCGGUGGAUAUGGAUGCUGCUGAGAAGGUCCUGGAAUCCAUCCAUGCCUCUGGUCAACGACCUGAAGCCGUGCACUACGCAUCCUUGAUUCAUGCCAAGGGUUGCGUGAUGCAUGAUAUGGAGUCGGCCCUCAAGAUCUUCCGCUCAGUGGUGUCGGACCGCAAGGUUCGCCUGCAGCCAUGCCUGUACCAGGCCCUGCUUGAGGCCAUGGUGGCCAACCACCAGGUUAGCCAAUCGGAAGCCAUCGUCAAGGAUAUGGCCGAUCGCAGGGUUGAGAUGACCGCCUAUAUUGCCAACACCCUGAUCCACGGCUGGGCUGCGGAAGGCAAUGUCGCCAAGGCCAAGGCGAUCUACGACAGCAUUGGCCUCAGCAAGCGCGAGCCUAGCACCUACGAGGCCAUGACUCGGGCUUAUCUGGCGUCUGAGGACCGCGAGGGAGCCUCUCGCAUUGUGCAAGAGAUGCUCUCCCGUGGCUAUCCUACUGCGGUUGCGAGCAAGAUCCUGGACCUGGUUGGUGGCGGUGCACCGGUUGCUUCCCUCUAA